GACGAAGUGGUGUUGUGGGUCAUAUGCGCAUGAUCAGCGACGAAUCUCGUAAAAGUACGGUUACGUUUUUUUACAACUUCCGUCGAUGGGGAUUUUGAGUUGAUCAGCUAAUUGAAUUUCGGAUGAAAUGGCUAGUUCAGGUCAGCUGAGAGAAAGUAAAUCUCAAGAUCGGUUUGAUUACCUACAAGCCCUUGUCACUGAGUUUCAGGAUACUGAUAGUCAAGAGGCAAAAGAACAAGUUCUGGCAAACCUAGCUAAUUUUGCAUAUGAUCCCAGUAACUAUCAGUAUCUUCGACAGCUGCAGGUCAUUGACCUGUUCCUGGAUAUGCUUACAGAAGAUAAUGAACGACUUGUAGAAUUUGGAAUGGGUGGUCUCUGUAACCUCUGUUUAGACGAAGAGAACAAGGAAUACAUUUUGCAGAACAAUGGAGUUCAGGCAGUGCUGAACUGUUUAUCCAACCAUAAUGAGGAUACAGUGCUGUCUGCAAUUACCACAUUAAUGUACUUGAUGACUCCUUUGUCCCGGAAGGAAAUCACAGCAAUGCCAGUUAUUGAAUGCAUGCUACGGUUCUCCAUGUCUAAAAACAAACGUCUAAGUAAUUUAGCAACCCUUUUUCUGGAAGAUCUUUGCUCAUCUGAAGAGGUAGAAAAAGCUCGGAACUUGCAGAAUCACACAGCCCUGGGAAUACCACUUCCAAAAGAAUAGCUCAGAGAAUUCUUAGUAUUCCCCAACAUUCGGUGCCUUUUGGAACAGUUUGUGAAUGUGGUGCAUCAAGUAUAACAUGCGAACAUUAUUAUUAAUUUGUAACACUGUCCAAGUACCAGCUUUGUUGAGUUGAUAGCACUGUUAUCUUUAAUGUUAAUUCAGCUAUUGCUGAGGAACUCUGCAUUGAUGGAAGUGUGCCAGAUGUUGCAUCAAGCAAAAUCUUGUUCAAGUGGAUAUUAAGCAUUGCACAAUUUUGUUCAAGAUUGGGCCUAUUUCUGGAGUUUGUUAAAAUUCCUGCCUGAACAAAGACAUGUAAACAAAAAUUAGUCAGUCAUGCAUAUCUCGUUUGUUGUAUGGAUGGCUGCUGCAUGUCGUACAUGACUUGUUACAUUUCACAGGUACUUCACAUAUAGUUUAACAAUACGACAUUAAUAUAGUAUUAUAAAACCAAAUGUUGGGGAUGCUGGAGAUCUGAAACACAAAAGCAGAAAUUGCUGAAGAAACUCAGGUUUGGCAGUAUCUGUGAGAGAAAAUAUUAACCUUUUUUAAACGUUUCUGAAGAGUCACUGGACUCAAUGUUAAUUCUGUUUUUUCCCACAGAUACUGCCAGACCUCUCCUUUCUCCAGUAUUUCUAUUUUUUUUAGCGCUACGUAAUGUUGUGGGUGAAUCACCACAAGUUACUUUUAAGUAGGCUACUUGUUAAUAACUCUCUCAGACAGUCAAGGACUGAAAUAAUGACUUAAACUUUAUUACAUGUAACAACCAAAAAAACAAGCCUCACAACCCAACUUAGCUUUAUCUGAUUAAUGAUGGAGCUUGCCAACGUAUGCAGUGUCUUGUCUCUGGAAGUGUCCACAGUUUAACCCUUAUGUAGUGUUGUUCUUCAAACUUCUGCUAAACAGGGAAUUUUGGUGUUUGAUUCUUAUACACAUUUUUUGUACUUCAAACUGAUGAUGUGAUUUUUUUUUAAAAGUCCUUUCAUCCAAAUUACAGUAAAUCUGCGGCUUGCCACUUUCUCAGAAGUAGCUUUUGUUCCUUGUUACAUUUGGCCUUAACUGUCUAUUCAAAGUCACAGCUUUCCUGUGAUGAACACCUUAACUUCUUGUGCAGGGCAAUCAGUUGUCCUUCUGGCGUAGAGCGUCCAAUUUAUUGUGCACAUGUCAAAGCAGUUUUAUUUGUUUUAGCCUCCACUCUUUUUACUGGACGUGGCUAAUCGCUUUCUAUUCCUGUAUAACUCUGCCCUUGUCUUUUAGAUGUUUGUUCCCCCAUAAUGAGUUAUUGCUGCUGUUAUCCAUGUGUAAGUUUCUUUUGGUGAUUCAUUAAUCAAUCCACGAACAGUUAUUGAAGUUCAAAAGUUUAUAAUACCACGAUAAUUUUUUUUUGUUUUGCUUUUUUUGGAAACUAAGUGUAUCCUCACUGAGGAAUGAGAAGAUUGGUUGUUUGGUGAAUUAGACAAAUUGAUGUGCUUUUUUUCCACUAUACACAUCAAUGGACACCUAAUUAAGUAAGACACAACAAAGCUGGAACCGUUAACAUGUUUUUAUCCAUAGUGUUAAUUUACCUAAUUUAUGCUUAGUAAGUGACACUUACACCAAGAAAACCAAAUCUCUCCUUUGUACUCUUAUCGGUAGUACCCUUUGUUGCUCAAAAUGUUUAGAUUGAGAGGUUUGCUUUGGUUGUCUAAUGAUACUAACUUUUACUGACACUGAGUUCCAUAGAUGCCAAUGUCCUAUCCCUUCAUAACAUCAUGCAAAUGCAUGUUCUUCAUGUGAGUUUGAACCAAGUAUAACUGAAUCUGAGCUUGAUCCUGUCCUUACCAGAUAGAAUUCUGUAUCCCUCAUGUUAAGGAUCGCAAGCUUAAUGAAUUUUAUACUUCUUCAACUGUCAACUGAUUGGAGGUUGCUUUGUGUGUAAACUUGGCAAAACUUAAUAUUGUAACAUUUGUUGUCUUUAUUCACCAUUUGCAGUGUCUGUGGAAUUGAGUUCCCAAUUAACUUUAUUCAGGUGUUAGACAUUAAAUAUACAUUCAUUGAAAAGCUUAAAAAAACUCUGAAUGUAUUUUUAUGUACUUACAAAAAAACUGUUGAUCUGGGAUGCUUGGAAAAACUUAAAUGACCGAGGUGCAACAUUGUGGAAUUGUUUUAUGUGCAACAUUCCUGAUUCACCCUACUCCUGGAAACAAUUUAGAUGAGGCUAAGAUUGUCCAACAAGCAUGCACUGCACUAUUAGGAAUCUACAGUGAUUUUUACACUUGUGAUAAUCCUACUUAAAAAGUUUGAGAUAAAAUAGAAGAAUUCACAUGGUACAUGUUCUCAAGCAUCAUAACCUGGCUAUCUCAAAGUGGCCUAUUUAGCAUAUUUAAUAGCAAUGUAAAGCCCAGUGUUGAAUAUACAGCAGUUUGUAAUGCAGGAUUUAUCAAAGAACAUGUGAUCAAGUUAAAAGCAUUCAAAUCAGCAUUGAAAGUUAUCUUGGGUAAUGUGUAUCAAUGCUACUCUAACACACUGAAAGAAUGACAGGGAUAGGAUUGGGCCUAAUAUUGGUACCUUUAAACCUGCAUAAGAUCAAUAAUUUGGGCAUAAAAACUGAGCUAGUUGAGGCAAACAGACAUAAUAGGUUAGAGGAUAGAUUAUUAAUGACAAAAGUGAUAGAUGUUUAAAGGAAUAUUUUGUGAUUUAAGAAUUUUUUUUAGUAGCAAUAUAUUUAAGGAAGGAACGACUAUCCCAAUUAACUAAAAAAAAUUAGGGGAAACAUCAAACUUAAGGAAUAAGCAUACAUCUGUUUACAUGUUUGUACAGUGCAGAUGAUUAAUCAGGAUACAAAGGACAGCAAAGCAUUUCAAGGGUUAUUCCACAGUGAGACAUUAGAUUGAGAGGAAGCUAGCUGGGAAUGUACGAAGAGUUUCUAAAGGUAGUUGAAUAGGAAGGUCCAAAGUAUAUUUUGUCACCUCCCAGAGUGAGAAUUACAGGUUAAUAGUAGAUAAUAAGAAAAUGAUGGAUGAAAUGAACAAAUAUUUUGCUUCUGUCUUCACAGUGGAGGAUACAAAAAUAUUCCAGUAAUAGCCAUAAAUCGAGUGAAAGGGAGAGUAAAACUUAAGAAAAUUACAACUCCCAGGGAGGUACAAAGUGAGCUGUAGUUGCAAGUCUGGGUAAAAUGAACUUCAUUCUAAGGUCUUAAAAGAAGCAUGUAAUGAGUUGGUCAAUAUGUUGGUGUUAAUUUUUCAAAAUUCCCUAUGCUCCAGAAAGGUUCCAUCAGACUGAAAGUAACAACAUAACUCCUUUCCUGGAAAAAGGGAGGGAGACUGAAAACUUAUAGGCCAGUUAGCUUGCUGUCAGAAACAGUUGUUAGAAUAAGUCAUUUUUAUAGCUGCACACUUAGGGAGAAAAUCAGCAUGGC